UUCAGUCUUCCGGGCCCCACGACUCUCUCCCGGCACUAGGAUCUACUCUAUGGUAGAGAGCUCAGCCUUUCUAGCUCUCUAGUCCUCCGACUGCCCCAUCUAUGGUUUCGGAGACCUCACCGGAAGCCCUCGUGUAGGGCCUUGUGGGAGGCCGGAAGUUGCGGCCUCAAUACUCGCCAUUUCAAAAUGCUGCCGAGGUAGGACCUGUGGCUGCCACCACUUCCUCUACCCGGGCUCGACCGGGGAGACAUUCAUGGAGCUGCCGUAAGGCUUCACCUGACAGAAGCAUGGACGAUUCUUAUACUUAAUUAAAUUCUUCAGUUUGGCAGGAUCUGAACUAGAAAGUCAUCUGAAGAUACGCAGAACCUCAGCAAGGGUAUGCAGCAUUUGUUUUUGCCAACAGACUGCAGUUUCUUCACUGCCAAAAUGACAUCAUUUUCCACCUCUGCCCAGUGUUCAACAUCUGACAGUGCUUGUAGGAUCUCUCCUGGACAAACCAAUCAGGUACGACCAAAACUGCCACUUUUGAAGAUUUUGCAUGCAGCAGGUGCGCAAGGUGAAAUGUUCACUGUUAAAGAGGGAGAGGUGACCACUGUCCCCUGGAAUCCGAAGCCAAGCAGAGCCUGGCAGGUCAUGCACUAUUUAGGUCAGUACAUAAUGGUGAAGCAGCUUUAUGAUCAGCAGGAGCAGCAUAUGGUAUAUUGUGGUGGAGAUCUUUUGGGAGAACUACUGGGAUGUCAGAGCUUCUCCGUGAAAGACCCAAGCCCUCUCUAUGAUAUGCUAAGAAAGAAUCUUGUCACUUUAGCCACUGCUACUACAGAUGCUGCUCAGACUCUCGCUCUCGCACAGGAUCACAGUAUGGAUAUUCCAAGUCAAGACCAACUGAAGCAAAGUGCAGCGGAAAGUUCCACUUCCAGGAGAAGAACUGCAGAAGAUGAUAUCCCCACACUGCCUACCUCACAGCAUAAAUGCGUAAAUUCUAGAGAAGAUGAAGACUUAAUAGAAAAUUUAACCCAAGAUGAGACAUCUAGGCUGGACCUUGGAUUCGAGGAGUGGGAUGUAGCUGGCCUGCCUUGGUGGUUUUUAGGAAACUUGAGAAACAACUAUACACCUAGAAGUAGUGGUUCAACUGAUUUACAGACAAAUCAGGAUGUGGGUACUGCUAUUGUUUCAGAUACUACAGAUGACUUGUGGUUUUUGAAUGAAUCAGUAUCAGAGCAGUUAGGUGUUGGAAUAAAAGUUGAAGCUGCGGAUACUGAACAAGCAAGUGAAGAAGUAGGGAAAAUAAGUGACAAAAAGGUGAUUGAAGUGGGGAAAAAUGAUGAUCUUGACGACUCUAAGUCCUUAAGUGAUGAUACUGAUGUAGAAGUUACCUCUGAGAAUGAGUGGCAGUGUACUGAAUGUAAGAAAUUUAACUCUCCAAGCAAGAGGAAAAUGAAGGAAUUGAUGUGCCUGAUUGUCGAAGAACCAUUUCAGCUCCUGUCGUUAGACCUAAAGAUGUGUAAAAAAGAAAACUCCAAACUUUUUGAUCCCUGCAACUUGGUGGAAUUAUUGGAUUUGGCUCACAGUUCUGCAAGCCAAGAGACCAUCUCAAGCAUGGGAGAACAGUUAGAUAACCUUUCUGAACAGAGAACAGAUACAGAAAACAUGGAGGAUUGCCAGAAUCUUCUGAAGCCAUGUAGCUUAUGUGAGAAAAGACCACGAGAUGGGAACAUUAUUCAUGGGAGGACAGGCCAUCUUGUCACUUGUUUUCACUGUGCCAGAAGACUAAAGAAGGCUGGGGGUUCAUGUCCUAUUUGCAAGAAAGAGAUUCAGCUGGUUAUUAAGGUUUUUAUAGCAUAAUGGUAGUACGAAUAUAAAAAUGCAUUUAUUCGGUUCACAUCACAUUAUUUGAAGAUCAAUCCUUUAAUUUUAUUUCCUACUUGUCUGUUAGAGAAUGUUGUUAGGUAUUAAAAUCCAAGGUAGCUGUGAGAAAAAAACGGGCACCAACAAUGAAAAACAGAAGUAAUCUGAUUAGUUAAAUUAUGAAGUGCUGUGGAUUACUUUAUGCUGCAGUCAGGUACAUAGUUAAAUGAACCCAAAAGAAAAGCUCUUGAAAAACAAGAGAUUUCUUCCAUGCACAUUUACAAUAUUGAGGUAUAGGUAACAUGAUAAAGUGUUUCCUUCUAACAAGUUGUAAAAAUCUAACCACCCCAUAAAAGCAAUAGAAUGUUUCUGUCGCCCUAAAACACUCCCUCCUACCCCUUUUCAGACAGUCCUUUGACUAUUUCAUGGCUCUCAGCCUAGAUUAGUUUUUUGGUUGCACUUUUUUGGGGGGUUGUAGGGGAGGUAUGGGGCGACAGGCAGGGUCUUGUUCUGUCUCCCAGGCUGAAGUGCGGUGCAGUGGUGUGAUCAUGGCUCACUGCAGCCUUGGUUUCUGGGCAUAAGUGGUCUUCCCACUUAAGCCUCCUUAAUAGCUGAGACUGUAGACUAGCGUAACAACACUGACUAAUUUUUUUUUUUUUUUUUUUUUUUUUUUGGUCAUUAGAGUUCUUUUAUUACAGAGGCCA